UUCGCGCAUGCGUGGGCCGAUCGUGUCUUAAGGUACCGAUCGGAGUGACACGGUUUCCUUUCCAAAAUAUUUAAGAGUUCAAAGCAACUUAAGUGCAAUGGCCAGUCAGAUCCCAAGUUUAGUGGAGCUUGUUUCGGAGGCCAGUAGUUUGUACAAACAGACGUUCCCGGGUGAGACUCCUCAAAUAGCCGCGUGUGCUCCCGGAAGAGUCAACUUGAUCGGGGAACACACGGACUACAACCAAGGAUAUGUACUUCCAAUGGCUCUACCGCUGGUGACUGUGGUGGUUGGAAGUCCUUCACCUGGUGAUGAUGCUAUCAUUGUCACGGCGACUGGGCAUGCUGAUGAACCGAGAAGGGUGAACUUCCGUCUGCCAAAUAAAGGAUCCACAUUGUCUCCUGGGGCGCCAAAUUGGGCAAACUAUGUGAAGGGCGUUAUACAUCAUUACAGGGCUCAACCUCUUCCUGGCUUCAAUGCUGUUGUGGUCAGCAGUGUUCCAUUAGGGGGAGGUCUGUCUAGCUCAGCGUCUCUGGAAGUGGCAUUUUACACAUUCCUGCAGCAACUUAGACCAGAUGAUGGGGACAAAAUAUUGAAAGCAGUAGCAUGUCAACAGGCCGAACACACUCAUGCCGGUGUACCUUGUGGUAUUAUGGAUCAAUUUGUGUCGGUUCUCGGAAAAGAGGGCCAUGCUUUACUUAUUGACUGCAGGUCACUGGAGACCAUUCCUGUCCCCCUAGCAGAUCCAGAGCUUGUCAUACUCAUCACCAACUCCAAUGUCAAACAUUCUUUGGCAAGUAGUGAGUAUGCUGUGCGACACAGACAGUGUGAGAAGGCUGCCUCCAUCCUAGGAAAAGACAGUCUAAGAGAUGCCACCCUGAAGGACCUAGAAGGGUUUAGAGAUAAACUGGAUGAUGUGAUUUAUCGAAGAGCUCGUCAUGUGAUUGAGGAGAACCACAGAACUGUCAAAGCUGCUGAAUUUUUGAAACGAGGUGCCUACCAUGAGUUUGGUCAACUCAUGUUGGAAAGCCACAACUCCCUUAGGGAUUUAUAUGAGGUGAGCUGUAAGGACUUGGAUGGUUUGGUGUCUGCCGCCAUGGAGGUGAACGGAGUAUUUGGCAGCAGGAUGACCGGCGGAGGAUUUGGAGGCUGCACUGUAACGUUGCUGAAGGCCCAUGUCAUUGACAGAACUAUUCAACAUAUACAGAUGCGAUACCAUGGAACCCCGACUUUCUUUGUCACAACUCCUUCAGAGGGGGCUCGUGACCUCCAGCUAUCUUGAAUAUUCUUGAUUCCAUUAUAACAUUCCCUUUUCUCGUGUUUGUUCGUUUUUUACUAUUCAAAUUUGGUGGUGUCGGAGCAUAAAAGUAACACUACUGUCAACAUUCAAUUAUUUUUAAUACUAAUAUUAACACUGUUUUUUUGCUCUCAUCUAAAAAGAAAAUUAAUAUUCAUAUUUGUCAAUGAAACUGUUGUGAAUGUAUUUUUUUCAUGAUUACAAUCGUUUUUAGGGUUUUUUUUUACAUUUACUUGAAUUAAAAUCACAAAUUUUGUGCAUUUCUCGAUCAAAUACAGCGCAGAAACCUAUCAUGAGGCUGCCAAAUUUUCUGCAGUUUGGCUUUCCUUGCUGGAAGGUGAGGGCGAACAUGGCUUACUGGCUGGUCUGCAUGUUGCCAAAAUGUUUGCAGAAACAUUUUUACACCAAGGCCCCCCCCCCCCCCCCAAAAGCUGAGAGGGACAAGCGGUAGAAAAUGGCUGGACUUUUUUUUACUUCUAUAAGCAGAAUCUACACUCUGUGUAAUGUAAGUGUGACGUCAUUAUUUUUGCUUAUUAGACUAUAAGUAUGGAAGAAUCAUACUGGAGGCUAGGGUUGUACGGUAUACCCGUAAUAGUAUAGUACCGCGAUACUAAUGAAUCAUAUUUGGUACUAUACUGCCUCUUAAAAAGUAACCCCCACGAGCGUGUUCGGCAGCGCCCAAUCACGGAGUACUGACUAGCAGACACUGUGUAGACAGAAAAGGGAGAAUGAACUCAUUUUGGCUUAAAAACUAAAGAUAAAGGUGAAGUUAUAACACUGAAACGCCCUCAGGAAGAGGUGCUUUAAGACACGGCGAGCUAGCUAGCAGCUAAAGUCAAUUCACAGUCUGCAGUGUUUUAGCUACUUCUAAUCCUCGCCUCCAUGGCGACGAAUAAAGUAUGUUUCUUACAAGUAUCAUGAGGGAUAGCGAAACAUGCUUCACUACACUCCGUAACUCACCGGCGUCAUAAUGUAAACAAACGCCAUUGGUGGAUCUACACCUAACAUCCACUGUAAUGAUACCAAGUACAAGAGCAUAUUUAGUCGAUACUACUGUAAUUACAUUGAUCUUUUUUAGCAUCACUAAAUCUUCUAUCGUUUUUAAAAAAAAAAUUAUAGUAUGUUUAUAAA